AUGGCUUCAUCUUCAUCUUCAGGUUUUGUUCUUAGCUUGUUCCUAAUAACUAGUUUCGCUAUUAUUGCCCAAAGCCGAAUAGCCAGGAAAGACUUGGGUUUGGACUUCGGAGGCCGAGGUGAUGUAGGAGGCAAUGUAGGUUCAGGAAUAGGCUUGGGUGGAGGUGGUUCUACAUCUGGUCAAGGCGGGGGUAAUAUAGGAGGUAAAGUCGGAGGUAAUGUAGGAGUUGGAGUUGGUACAGACGUAGGCUUUGGUGGAGGUGGUUCCGCAUCUGGCUCUGGUUCUACUUCUGGUUCCGAUGGCGCAGGUGGACAAGGUGGAGCUGAUGUAGGAGGUAAAGUCGGAGGUAAUGUAGGAGCCAGAGUUGGUACAAAUAUAGGCUUAGGUGGAGGUGGGUCUGCAUCAGGCUCAGGUUCUGCUUCUGGUUCCGCUGGUGCAGGUGGACAAGGUGGAGCUGAUGUAGGAGGUGAAGUCGGAGGUGAUGUAAAUGGAGUUGGUACAGACAUAGGCUUAGGUGGAGGUGGUUCUGCAUCCGGCUCAGGUUCUGCUUCCGGUUCCGCUGGUGCAGGUGGACAAGGUGGAGCUGACGUAGGGGGUGAAGUCGGAGGUGAUGUAGGAGCUGGAGUUGGUACAAACAUAGGCUUAGGUGGAGGUGGUUCUGCAUCCGGCUCAGGUUCUGCUUCUGGUUCCCCUAGUGCAGGUGGACAAGGCGGAGCUGAUGUAGGGGGUGAAAUCGGAGGUGAUGUAGGAGGUGGAGUAGGUACAAACAUAGGCUUAGGUGGAGGUGGUUCCGCGUCCGGCUCAGGUUCUGCUUAUGGUUCCGCUGGUGCAGGUGGACAACGCGGAGCUCAUGCAGGCGGUGAAGUCGGAGGUGAUGUAGGAGAUGAAGUUGGUACAGACAUAUGCUUAGGUGGAGGUGGUUCCGCAUCCGGCUCAGGUUCUGCUUCUGGUUCCGCUGGUGCAGGUGGACAAGGGGGAGCUGACGUAUGGAGUGAAGUCGGAGGUGAUGUAGGAGCUGGAGUUGGUACAGACAUAGGCUUAGGUGGAGAUGGUUCCGCAUCCGGUUCAGGUUCUGCCUCCAGUUCCGCUGGUGCAGGUGGACAAGGUGGAGCUGACGUAGGGGGUGAAGUCGGAGGUGAUGUAGGAGUUGGAGUUGGUACAGACAUAGGCUUAGGUGGAGGUGGUUCUGUGUCCGGUUCAGGUUCUGCUUCUGGUUCUGCUGGUACAGAUGGACAAGGCGGAGCUGACGUAGGGGGUGAAGUCGGAGGUGAUGUAGGAGCUGGAGUUGGUACAGACAUAGGCUUAGGUGGAGGUGGUUCCGCGUCCGACUCAGGUUCUGCUUCUGGUUCCGCUGGUGCAGGUGGACAAGGCGGAGCUGAUGUAGGGGGUGAAAUCGGAGGAGAUGUAGGAGGUGAAGUUGGUACAGACAUAGGCUUAGGUGGAGGUGGUUCCGCGUCCGGCUCAGGUUCUGCUUCUGGUUCUGCUGGUGCAGGUGGACAAGGCGGAGAUGAUGUAGGAGGUGAAGUCGGAGGUGAUGUAGGAGCUGGAGUUGGUACUGACAUAGGCUUAGGUGGAGGUGGUUCCGCAUCCGGCUCAGGUUCUGUUUCUGGUUCCGCUGGUACAGGUGGACAAGGUGGAGCUGAUGUAGGAAGUGAAGUCGGAGAUAAUGCAGGAGCUGGAGUUGGUACAAACAUAGGCUUAGGUGGAGGUGUUUCUACAUCCGUCUCAGGUUCUGUUUCUGGUUCUGCUGGUGCAGCUGGUGAAGGUGAAGCUGAUGUAGGAGGUAAAAUCGGAGAGAAGGUAGGAGCUGGAGUUGGGACAGAUAUAGACUUAGGUGGAGGUAGUUCAGCAUCAGAUACAGGUUCUUUUUCUGGUUCCGCUCGUGCAGGUGGACAUGGUGGAGUUGAUGUAGGAGGUAAAGUUGGAGGUGAUGUAGGAGCCGGAGUAGGUGCUGGUAUAGGCAAGUAA